AACUGCCUGAAAUCCAAAAAGUCAUUGUUUGAUUGUUGAUCAAUAGUUGUCACUAGCUUCCAAAUCGAGGAAAAAAGAUGGGCGCUUGUUUUCCAUGCAGAUCAUCAUCACCAGCAGCCAAGAGCAUAAGACUGGUUCACUUCAAUGGCUACGUGGAGGACUUUGAACAUCCUGUUUCAGUUAGCCAAGCCACCGGCAAGCCCCCAAAGCACUUUGUGUGCACCCCGGCUCAGCUUCUCUGCGCCGGGUCCGAGCCACUGAACCCUGACACCCAGCUCGAACCGGGCAAAAUCUAUUUCUUGCUGCCAUUCUCAGUACUACAACCUGAUGUUUCUCCAUUGGACUUGGUCUCCAUCGUGAGGAAGCUAACUGCAGUAGCAAAAGCUAGCCGGCGUGAGGCUAAAUCUCCUUUGCGGAGUGAUCAGUACGGCUCGAGCCCAGGAUUCAGUUCACCGGGUACUGCAAGUCCUAGCCGGUUUGUGGAGCCGGAGGGGAAGAUGAUGAUGAUGGCAUACGGUGCACAGAGGUCGGCUAGAGCUCGGCCGUGGAGGCCGAUAUUGGACACCAUUGGAGAGAGGUCGUUCAAUCGUAGAAGCGAAUCAGAUUUGCAAGAAAAGUACGUAAUUGAGUAGUUGUUAGGACUUUUGGAGGUAGGUGGUGUUCUUGUACGUACAAAAAUUCAAAAGAAGAACAGUUUCUUUUGCUUGGCUUUGCUGCCUUAGAUUUAUAGGAGGCAUAUUGACAGAUCGAGAUGUGAUAGGUAUUGAUGAGAUGGGAAAAUGAAUGUUUGUGAUUUAGCUUGA